AUGUUACGUCGAGUGAAUGAUCUGUUAAGUCGACUUGAAGUCGAUGAGCUAACCCAGCAGUUGCUUCACGGAGGUGCAGGGUUUGCGCAUGGUCCUGCUCCACCUAUUCCACGUCUCGGCAUUCGCCCUUACCAAUGGCGUUCCGAGUGUCUUCAUGGCUACGGCUUUGAUGGGGAUGCAACGAGUUUCCCUCAAGUUAUCUCGAUGGCAGCAGCAUUCGACAGGGACCUCAUAUAUGCCGUAGCAAAUGCGACCGCGUUUGAAGCACGUGCAAAGUAUAAUAGUUAUGCGCGUGCUGGGGAGUAUGGGGAUCACAAAGGAAUCAAUUGUUUCUCUCCCGUUGUUAAUAUCCUGCGUCACCCUUUGUGGGGUCGAAACCAAGAGACCCUAGGUGAAGACCCCUUUCUGACAGGCGAACUGUCAAAUGCCUUUGUUAGGGGUCUCUCAGCACUACCCCCAAGCGGUCCGCUCUCGCGUGAGCUGGUGGAUGAGAAGCAUGUCUACCUGACAAGUGCCUGUUGCAAGCACUUUGCCGUGCAUUCCGGACCAGAAAACACGCCAGUCUCACGUCUUUCCUUUGAAGCCAAUGUCUCCGCUGCUGAUCUCUGGCUUACCUACUUUCCUGCAUUUAAGGGCUGUCUUGCUAAUGGUGCAGCCCAGUCAGUAAUGUGCUCCUACAAUGGGAUAAACGGCGUCCCCAAUUGUGCCAACAAAUGGCUCCUUAAAAAGGUUCUUCGGGAUACUUGGGGCUUCAAAGGUUUUGUAAUUAGUGACGAGGGAGCUCUGCAAUACUUGGUCUCAAAGCAUAAGGCCUUCCAGACGUACCUGGAAGCAGCCAUUGCGUCCUUUAAUGCCGGAACAAACAUUGAAAACUCACAAGAAAUCGUGCGAGGUGUCUACAGCACGCUUCCUUUACUCGUUGCAGCUGGAGUGAUAAGGAGACAACAGCUAGAAGACAUGAAUCGGCCUCUUUUCUUAACUCGAAUGCGACAAGCGGAGUUUGACCCUCCGGAGGAAAAUAUUUAUGCAUCACUUGACAAAAAUGAUUUUAUUCAAAGUCCUCAACACCGUCAGCUUUCUCUCAUUGCUGGCUGCAGAUCAACUGUUCUGCUGCAAAACAUAAACCAUUUUUUACCCUUGAAAAGUAAGGUUAAAAGCCUUGCUCUGAUUGGCCCGUUUGCAAAAAGUCUGGGAGAAUUGAUUGGAUCUUAUCCAGCAUCGCGUAUGCCCAAUUAUGAAACAACGUUGGAAGACGGCUUAAAAGAAGUCAGUAGCAUCCUUCAUGCAACCGAGUUUUGCAGAAGAGGAGCGAUUUGCAGAGACGCAGAUGAAGCUGGUUUGAUAAGGCUACUAAAUUCGACCUCCAUCGAUAUGAUUGUUCUGACUGUUGGCACGGGAAGCAAAUUGGUCACCGAGUCGAGGGACAUGCAGAACAUCAGCCUGUUCGGUCGGCAGCAUCGGAUGCUACAGUUGGUCUCUAUACACGCGCCCACCGUUCCAGUCGUGGUGUUUGUUUAUUCCGCUGGUCCAGUCAACAUCACCGACGCUGUUGCUUCCCCACAGGUUCGCUCUAUCUUGUGGUUUGGGUAUCCCGGUCAGGAGGCGGGCAAAAUCGCUGCGCGGAUGUUGCUAGGCAACCCGGGUAUCGCUUAUCACCAACACGACGACUCGCUGUCUCAGGAGGCGAACAACCUGCAGUUUGCAGACAGUUUCCCUGGACUUGAAUCCAAGUGGGGUUACUGGUGGAUGCCCGCAGCUCGACUGCCCUUCACCUGGUACUCCAGUCUUGACCACCUUCCCGACAUCACAGACUAUGAAGUGAAGAACCACACAUACCGCUUCAAUCAAUACUCCGUUUGUCCCCAAAACAACACACCGUGCCAAACGGUGGAGUUUCCCUUUGGUUUUGGACUCUCCUAUAAUCGACAAACCUCCGGUGGCGGUGGAUUCACCUAUCGUGCGCUCGACCUCCCCACGAACUCAGUCUCCUCAUUGGUCGGUUUCUCUUUCGUUGUUAAAGUCGCCAACAGGGGUAUUCGACCGUCGGAUGAGGUGGUGCAAGUUUACUUGGAUUGGCUAACCCUGUUUGGUGCCAAGGCUACCGAUGCCUUUGACGGCAAAUUCAAGGCGGCAUAUCGACAACUUGUUGGGUUCAGGCGAGUGCCCCUCUUCCCGGGAGAGGUGAAGCGUCUGAAGUACUUUGUUAGUCCCGAGCAGCUGACUGUGUGGAGUUUCGUCGCGAACCGCACCUCACCACUGUGUCAAGGCGACCGUUCUACCACCGCCAGCUGCGGUGGACCGGUGUCCGCAUCGGGAACGGCUAGGCUUAGUGUUGGCGGUCAACAGCCACUGCAACAGAAAGCGGUCGAUUCAAAUGUUAUCAUCGCGAUGAUCAGUGUGUACGACUUCUGA